AUGGUUUGGAAUGUUAGAGGAUUAUGCAACUCCUCUACUCAAAAAGAAGUUGUGUCGAUGUUGGAUAGAAAUGGGGUUUCGCUUUGUGCUCUCUUGGAAACAAGAAUGCAUAUUUCUCGAAUAAAUAAAGUUUGCAAGGGUAUAAAAGGUAAUUGGCAAUGCUACUCUAAUGCUAGCUUGUGUAAUAGAGGUACUAGAAUUGCUAUUGGCUGGGAUCCAGGGGCUUGGGAUGUUUUUGUUAUUAAUAGUUUUGACCAAGUCGUGCACUGUAGAGUUCACUCUAAAAACUCUAACCACACUUUUUUCAUGUCCUUUGUUUAUGCUGAUAAUGACUAUCGUGAUAGAAGAAAACUUUGGGACUACCUGUGGAUUCAUCACUCCCUAGUCAAAGACGAACCUUGGUUAAUUGCAGGUGAUUUUAACCAAGUUCUUAAGCCGAGUGAAUCUACUAGAUCAAGCUCCUUUGAUAGCUUUAUGACUGAUUUUCAGAGAUGCAUCGAUGAUACUAAUCUUGGUGAUAUAAAUGCCACAGGCCUAUAUUAUACUUGGAACCAGAAACCUCGUGGGAUUGGUGGGCUUCUUAGGAAACUAGAUAGGACUAUGGGUAACACCAACAUCUUAUCUAUGUUUCCCAAACUUCAUGUUAUGUACAAGCCGUAUGGUAUUUCGGACCACUCUCCUGCCCUUAUAAGCUUCCCAAUUGGCAAACCGAAAAAGUAUUAUGAUUUCAAGUUUGUUAAUAAUUUUACCAAUCAUCCUCAGUUUCACGAUACGGUGCAAUCAAUAUGGGGAAAUAGGGUUGAAGCACUGAGAGUCGAACUUGAAAGAGCCGAAGAACAAUUAGAUAGAGACCCCGAUAAUGAAGAGGUUAGUGUUGAGCAUGCAAAGUAUCUAGAAGAAUUCACCAAAGCCUUAUGUGAAGAAGAAUGCCUCCUAAGACAAAAAACGAAACUUAAUUGGCUUAAAGAAGGAGACCGGAAUACUAAAUAUUACCAUAAAGUCAUUAAAGAGAGACAAAGCCGAAAUAAAAUCAAUUCUAUUACUGGUAGUAAUGGUGUGAUGCAUGGGGCUAAUCAGGUCGCUGAUAUUGCUAUUGCUCAUUUCUCUGAUUUCCUUGGGAAAGAUAGAGAUGUUGAUCCUAUAAUCUCCCUAACGGCCUUUUCAGCAAUACUCUAA